AUGGACCACAUCUUUCGUUACUUCCAGUCGUUUGAUGACUCCAAGGGCGUGCUACCCGUUGUGAACCAUUUAGUCGAGCUCGACGGCACGGACAGUGACGGGAGCACGGACGGUGACCGGGCUGCGCACAGUAACGGGCGAGCGGACGGUGACAGGAGAGCGGACGGUGACGGGGCUGCGCACGGUAACGGGCGCGCGAACAGUGACCGGGCUACGGACAGUGACAGGAGCACGGCGACGAACAGUAACCGGCGAGCGCACAGUCACGGGCGAGCGCACGGUGACCGGGGCGCGACGGCGGACAGUGACAGGGCUGCGGACGGUGACGGGCGAGCGAACAGUCACAGGGGAGCGCACAGUAACCGGGCUGCGGACGGUAACAGGCGAGCGCACGGUGACCGGGGCACGACGGCGGACGGUGACGGGGCUGCGAACCGUGACGGGGCUGCGAACAGUCACAGGGGCACGGCGGCGGACAGUGACGGGCGAGCGAACGGUCACUGGGGAGCGGACGGUAACCGGGCUGCGGACAGUGACGGGAGCACGGCGGCGGACGGUCACAGGGGAGCGAACGGUGACGGGCGAGCGGACGGUCACUGGGCUGCGCACAGUAACGGGGCUGCGAACAGUCACCGGGGAGCGAACGGUGACGGGGGCGCGGCGGCGGACGGUCACCGGGGAGCGCACAGUGACGGGCGAGCGCACGGUCACAGGCGCACGGCGGCGAACAGUGACGGGAGAGCGAACAGUCACCGGGGAGCGCACAGUGACGGGGGCGCGGCGGCGGACAGUCACCGGGGAGCGAACCGUCACGGGAGAGCGAACAGUGACGGGAGCGCGGCGGCGCACGGUGACGGGGCUACGCACGGUGACGGGCGAGCGAACCGUAACCGGGGAGCGCACGGUAACAGGAGAGCGAACCGUCACCGGAGAGCGAACAGUGACGGGGCUACGGACUGUAACCGGGGAGCGGACAGUGACCGGGGCGCGGACGGUCACGGGCUUGGGGGAGCGCACGGUGACGGGGCUGCGAACCGUAACGGGAGCACGGACGGUGACUGGGCUGCGAACAGUGACCGGGGAGCGAACGGUAACUGGGCUGCGAACGGUGACGGGAGCGCGGACGGUGACGGGCUCAGGCUGGAGAAGAAGGCGAUAAAACUUACAACGGGAGCAGCAACCGAGGCGGAGAUGACCGCGGCAACGGCGAGCAUGGAGAGCUUGUUGAACAUCAUGUUGAAAGAUGAGAAAUUUGAUUGA